AAUCCUCCAUGGACGUUGAGGAGCUCCUCUCCGCUCUCCAUCAUCAUCUGCAGAAAAAUGCGAGCGGGGAGCGGUAACAAAAUGUCAACUCUGGCUGCUCUCCGUCACCCGCAGACAUGAGCGGAGUCCCGUCUGCCUCUUCCACCCGCAACAAGUCGCUCUCACCAUGCGGAUCCACUGCAAAGUAGUUGUGAUCGCCGUGUGUUUCGGAGUUUUCCUACUUUUGUACUUUUUGGGGGGCAACGCCGCGGACGAUCCUCUGUUGAAAGAAGUUGUUGGGGAGGAGGAGGAGGACGGCAACUCUUCACGGUCGACCUCUGGGCUCGGACGCGAUGUUGCAGCAAAGUUUCCGAAGAAAUCACCCGCGGGAGCCGGCGUGCGUGCGGCGGAGCCCCUCAAGGGACGGAAAGAGGGGAAAGCGAUCAAUAGAGGGGCCAGCGUGAAUGCAAAGAGCAAACCACGGAGUAACAUGGCCCGCCCGAUCACCAGGCGCAAACGGGCAGAGGACGUCAUGCACCUGGCUGUGGUGGCCUGUGGGAAUCGUCUGGACGAGACCCUCACCAUGGUCAAAUCAGCCCUUCUGUUCAGCCUUAAGAGGAUCACGUUUCACAUAUUUGCUGAGGACCCUCUGGCCCCGCAGUUUGAAGAAAGGCUGAAAAAGUGGCCUCGCGCCGUCUCAGCCAAGUUCCAGUACAGAAUCUACCCCAUCACCUUCUCUGUGGGGAACGCUGACGAGUGGAAGAAGCUGUUUAAACCCUGCGCUGCUCAGAGACUCUUCCUCCCCGUCAUCCUGAAAGACGUGGACUCAUUACUUUACGUGGACACUGAUGUCCUGUUCCUGCGGCCCAUGGACGACAUCUGGAGUCUCCUGAAGUCCUUCAACAGCACUCAGCUGGCAGCGAUGGCCCCCGAGCACGAGGUCCCAAAGAUCGGCUGGUACAGUCGAUUCGCGCGCCAUCCUUUCUACGGAGUGACGGGGGUCAACUCUGGUGUCAUGCUGAUGAAUCUCACCAGGAUCCGCAGCACAAUGUUCAAAAACAGUAUGAUCCCCAGUGGCUUGUCGUGGGAGGAUCUUCUACAUCCACUAUAUCAGAAGUACAAGAACCACAUCACCUGGGGAGACCAGGACCUCCUCAACAUUAUCUUCCACUAUAACCCAGAGUGUCUCUUCAUCUUCCCCUGCCAGUGGAACUACAGACCCGAUCACUGUAUGUACGGGAGUAACUGUAAAGGGGCUGAAGAGGAGGGCGUGUCCAUCCUCCAUGGCAACCGUGGAGUGUAUCAUGAUGACAAACAGCCAGCGUUCAAAGUAGUCUAUGAUGCAAUACAUGAGUUUCCCUUUGAGGACAACAUGUUCCAGUCGCUGUUCUACCCCAUCCAGACCAAGUUCCUGGACACAGUCAACACCCUGUGUGGUCGGAUUCCUCAAGUUUUCCUCAAGCAGAUAGAAAAGACCAUGAGGAAGCUGUUUGAGGACAAAGUGGUCCGACAUGUCAGACCGCACAAAUAACUGACGGAGAAAUGGACUCCAUGUUUUAUCUGACAACGCCAGGAACCAUCUUGCUGUGGAUUACGUGUCAUACCAGCAUCAAACAGGCUGAACUGUGUGUGUGCGGUGUAUUCUGGAAUGAACAUUAUGAUCCUCUAAUCAUGGUGUGGGUAAUGAGCCUAUGUAUACAGAGAAGCAUGCAGUGCUGGUCAGUGAUGCUGUAGCAUAGGUUUGCCUUAUCUUUAACUCUUUACAUCCUGGUUAUUUGUGGCGAUGACAUUUCCAACAAUGUUGGAAAGCUAAGGUGAAAAAAAUACUUUUUAUCAAGUAUUUUUAAAGUAUGAGCUAUUCAUCUCAAGUGUUGGCUAGAAGCAAAAAAUGAAGGCAUAUUUGUGUAUCAACCUACCGUCUUUAUUUUUCCUGGACUUUGGAAAGCUUUACUACUUGAAGUAGUACAGUCAUAAACCGCUCCUUUAAAAUCAUGUGAAUGUUUUACCAGCAAAUAACUUGAAAUGUGAGCCUGUGUGAAUGGGAAGAGUUGUUGGUCUGCUGCCAAAUGCCACUGACAGUAUUAAAUACAGCACAAGAAAUAUGGACGUUUCUGUUACGAACCGAAUGUUAAAAUGCACUUUCAGAAUGAUAUUAGGACUGUAUGGUUGUUUGUAAGCAACAUGUCCACAGAUUAGAUUAGAUGCUACACUGUCCAAGUGAAACCAAAAGUGCUAGCAUUUAUAAAUAGCGACAUAUUACAGCUGAUUAUGUGCCAUAUAAAUAUUCAUAUCUGCCAUUUUAAUAUUACAAGAAAAUGAGUGGUAUAGUUUUGUGUUUGAGAGUGUGUCUUAGUUUGUGAUAUGAUGUUGUGAACACAUGGCUCACAUGUUUUAGCAGCAUUACUUUCAAUGUGAUGUAAUGAUCUAAAUAUAUCAUUCAAACUGGAAACUGAACAUGACUGUACAGUCAACAUGUGUUUCUAAAUAAAUCAAUGCAAUGCACUGAG